AUGCCUACACAACCUGCUGCAGUGCAAGAGAACGGCUCUUGGACGAAACUGACUGAGACUGAGCUCAACAACCUUAGGGAAAUCGUUAGACCUAUCCUGGAUAAGGGAGGGCUUGGAAUCUUGAUUGUGGACGAUGUGGAGAGCAGCAAAGUCCGUAAUAUUAUAAGCCACCAAGCCAAGGGCACCCUUGUGANNNNAAGGGACAAAGGAGUCUCUCAGGGGUCCGGAUUAUCCCCCGCGCUCUUCGCACUGCACUCGGCGGGAAUGGCCGAUGCGAUCAAAUAUGCGUGGCAAGAGGACAGGGGCAUGGGGCCUGCUUGGGAGCUGACUGUGGUACUAUAUGCCGAUGAUGUAUGCAUUGGAGUGAGCAGCGAUUCAGUGGAGGGUCUCGCUCGAGGCCUUAGGAUAGCCAAGGCGGCAGCGGUAAGGUGGGCGAACGAGGAGGGCAUGCAGCUGGCGCCUGACAAAGAGGAAGCCCUAGUGUGCGGAGGGGAGGCACUGAGGAACCCCGUCGAGGCUGCGGCUCCGGAGCUGGCCGAGAAGCUCAAGAUAGUGGUGAGAUGGCUCGGCGUGUGGUUAAAAUGUCACGGGGGUGUCUUCGACUGGACCAGACACGCUACGGAGUCCCUCGGGAAGGUCAGAACGUCAAUUCGGCGCUACGCGGCUAUCUGUAGACGAAACUUCGGGCUCGAUGCCAAGGUCAUCGCAGCCCUCUGGUCACGGGUGGUCAUCCCGAAGGCCAUCUACGCUAGCGAGAUCUGGGGCCAUACAGCGGGGAGGGCAUGGUUUGCCGGCAAGGCACAGCGACUCCUUAGUGAGAUAGGCCGGCUACCUAGCGGACAGGGAAAGGGCAGCGGCAGGGAGGCUGCUGAGGCUUAG